AUGGUUUCCGCCUCGAAGGCCGCCCGUAUGGCCAAGCGCGCUGAGACCAGCGACAAGAAGACCAAGAAGGCUGCCAAGGAGGAUGCCACUGAGGCCACUGAGCAGCCCGCUACCUCCGAUGAGAAGAUGAAGGAAGUUGAGAAGCUCACCCAACAGAUGGACAAGCACGGUCUGUCCGAUCGUGUCACCACCGGUGUGCUUUCCUCCCUGCCCUCCUCUCGCGAUGUCAAGAUUACUUCCGCUUCCCUUGUGUUCCACGGCAAGGUCCUCGUCACCGACUCCACCCUCGAGCUCAACUUUGGUCGUCGUUACGGUCUGCUCGGUGAGAACGGUUGUGGAAAGUCCACCAUUCUCAAGUCUAUCGCCCAGCGCGAGUACCCUAUCCCAGAGCACAUCGAUAUCUACCUCCUUAACGAGGGUGCUCCUCCCAGUGAGCUCGGUGCCCUCGAAUGGGUCGUCCGUGAGGCUGAGAACCAGCUGGCUUCUAUGGAGAAGAAGGCUGAGGAGAUCUUGGAAGAGGAGGGUCCUGAGAGCCCUAUCCUCGACGAUCUGUAUGAUCGUAUGGACAAGCUGGAUCCUUCUACCUUCCACACCCGUGCCUCUCUGAUCCUGACUGGUCUCGGUUUCAACAAGACUACCAUCCACAAGAAGACCAAGGACAUGUCUGGUGGUUGGCGUAUGCGUGUGGCCCUUGCCAAGGCCCUUUUCGUCAAGCCCUCUUUGCUGCUGCUGGACGACCCCACUGCUCACUUGGAUCUCGAGGCCUGUGUGUGGCUUGAGGAGUACUUGAAGAAGUGGGACCGUACCCUGGUCCUCGUUUCCCACUCCAUGGAUUUCCUGAACGGUGUCUGCACCACAAUGCUGGACAUGCGUAUGAAGCAGCUCCUGUACUACGGUGGUAACUACGACUCUUACCACAAGACUCGCAGUGAGCAGGAGACCAACCAGGCCAAGGCCUACACCAAGCAGCAGGAAGAAAUUCAACACAUCAAGAAGUUCAUUGCUUCCGCCGGUACUUACGCCAACUUGGUCCGUCAGGCCAAGUCUCGCCAGAAGAUUCUCGACAAGAUGGAGGCCGAUGGUUUCAUCCAGCCCGUCAUCCCCGACCGUGUCUUCACUUUCCGCUUCGCCGAUGUCGAGAAGCUGCCCCCUCCCGUUCUGUCCUUCGACGAUGUCAGCUUCUCCUACUCUGGUAACUGGGAUGACACCCUCUACGAGCACCUGGACCUCGGUGUUGACAUGGACUCCCGUACCGCCCUGGUCGGCCCCAACGGUGUUGGCAAGUCUACUCUGCUGCGUCUGAUGACCGGCAAGCUGAGCCCCAUCGGUGGUCGUGUCAGCCGUCACACUCACUUGAAGCUCGGUGUCUACAGCCAGCACUCCGCUGAGCAGCUUGAUCUGACCAAGUCCUCCCUUGAGUUCGUCCGUGACAAGUUCCCCGAGAAGUCCCAGGACUACCAGUACUGGCGCCAGCAGCUGGGCAAGUACGGUCUCAGCGGUGAGUCCCAGACUGCCAUCAUGGGUACCCUGUCUGAGGGACAGAAGAGUCGUAUUGUCUUCGCUCUGCUUGCCAUCGAGUCCCCCAACAUGAUUCUGCUGGACGAGCCUACCAACGGUCUGGAUAUUCCUACCAUUGACUCUUUGGCCGAUGCUAUCAACGCCUACCAGGGUGGUGUCGUCGUCGUGUCUCACGAUUUCCGUCUUCUGGACAAGAUUGCCAAGGACAUCAUGGUCUGUGAGAACAAGACUAUUCGUCGCUGGGACGGCUCCAUUGGUGCUUACAAGAAGCACCUGCGUGAGAAGAUGAUCCAGGCCGGUGCUGUCUAA